AUGGAUUUUAGUUUCCGAGCCAUUCACGAUGUCGUCCAUCCCACGGCUGCUUUUUCUGGACCAGACGAAGAGGUGGACUUCCAGUCUGUCCAUGAGCAGGAGGCGGGUUUCGCUGGCGGUGAGAGUGGCUGGGAGACGUCCCAGCUGAACCCCAAGAACCGCAUCACAAGCCUUGCACCGCUCUUGCAUCCCCUGUGGCGCCUUGAUGGCAGCACCGGCUUUGGCACGCAAUACUAUGCCAUCCCUCUUUUUCUAGCCGACCCGUCGCCCAUGCGCAUCGACGUGUUUAUCCACGAGGGGGCGUUGUAUCCUCCCCUCUUGCGCCAGCUUCUCAACCUCGACAGAGCCUUCUCGAUCAAGGAUGCCGGCCGCCUUCGGCAGUUGGGCAUCACCCAGCAUAUCCUACGGAUCUUACAAUGGCAUACGGUACACCCAGAUGGAGCAUUGCACCCGGAUGUUGUGGCGAGAUACUACCAACGCGGUCCGUUUGGGUCUCGCAUUGUCAUCGACAAUCUCAGCUGCCACAUCCAUAAGUCUCGCAUUCACGUCUAUCUCAACUACCCAUUGGAAGAGGACCUGCUGCCAUAUCGAGAGCUCCUGGCAAUGUGGGGCCUAUCAGGAGAACAGCCAACCGAGCCGAAGUGCGAAGGGAAAGAAGAGGGAGAAACGUCAAAACCCACUGGUUGCCAAAAAGGCGCUCGGGACGCCAAGGGAGCCAAGCUGCCGCCAGAGGUAGAUAUACAUGAUGUGAUCCUAGUCCGCCAGCUGCACGACAGCGUCUGCGAGGUACACAUCAAGGGCGACCCCGAAUACGAGACGAAGUUGAUCUUGCUCAAGUCUCUCAACAGCAGCGUGAAGUACUUGUACCACGAGCUGCGCACACUUCUCCGGGACGUGCCUGCACACGAGCAUGUCAUCGGCCGGCCUCGACACGUUAUUUCCAAGCCGUGCAUGUUCGGUGGAAAGCGCGGCGUCGUCGGGUUCACCCUCCCAUAUUACCCGGUUGGCACUCUGCGCGACGUGCUGCCCAUUCUGCGGCUGAACGGCCGUCUCGCCCUGGAUGACCAGCUGCGCUGGGCCUGCCAAUUGGCGCGUGCCAUGUGCCACAUCUGGUACCAAGGCCAAUGCUACUACCCGGAUCUGCGCCUAGACAACAUCGUGCUGAGCGGUGCUAGGCCACCAGCAGGCGACGUUGUCGUCAUCGACUUUGAGCAGCGUGGUGUCUGGAGCAGUUUCUCAGCGCCUGAGGUCGACUUUGUCGAGAAUCUGCGGAUCCUGUCUCGCGACGACGCGGACGUGGCCAGCGCCAAUCCGGACCAUGUCAUCCCAGAAGAGCACUGCGAGCACGCAAAGCAGGCACUAGCAGGAUGCUGGGUGGCAGCAGCGGCUGCAGAAGGCCGUCAAGGGGGUGAGGAGGACACCCAGCCCCCCCACGACCUGGCUGCGGUGGCGGCAUUCAUUGCCCACCUCGAGGACGACACGCGAUACACCAACCCGGCCCACGGCUACAAUAUAGCUUGGAUCUGUCUCACGCGGCGCGAGCAGGAGGCUGCCAUGGUGUACAUGCUGGGACGCGUGCUCUGGUGCAUCUUUGAGGGCAUGAGUGCGCCUCACCGAGGCGCAGUGUGGCAGUCAUAUCGCUGGGAGCCGGAGGAGGUGGAGUUUCCGUCAUACUUGCGCACGCCGCCGUCGGUGCAGGAGCUGAUCACACGGUGCCUGGGCGAGGGCGGCACCCGGGAGCAGAAUCAGUUUGUGCGGAGGGGCGGGAAAAUUUACAUGAAAGAGGAGGCAACAAGCGGUGAGCAGCAGCAGCCGCAGAGCGCUUACGCUGCCGGCGGUUCCGAUGGCACUGCCUAUCGACUAGUGGCGGACAACCUUGUGAGCAAGGCACGGAAAUUCUGGCAGACUCGGUUAGCCGAAGGAGCUGCUUGGCUUCAAGAGCGGAACUGCCGUCUGCUGCAGGAUAAGGCGUCAGCCGGCGGCGAUGGCGACAGAAGCGAGACUGCAUACGGCCGGCCGACUUUGCGCCAGGUGUCCCAGUGCCUAAGCGAACUGCAGGGACAGCUUGCAUCGUGA